AAGGAAAGUAUUUUAUUGGGCCAAUAUUUAAGAUUGAGUCUUACAAUCAUUUUGUGUUCUAUAAAAAGUUUAAUAUGAGUCUAAUCUUGAUGCACUUUUUUUUUGUAGGACAACAAUAGCGCCUAUCCAUUAAAAAAAAAUAGAGGGAUUUUCUUUUUCGCAAUAAAAACCGUGAAACAAUAACAAUUGAAUGAGUCUUUCUUCGGUUGACAUUUCAAUCACAACACUCUUUAAUUAAGAGUCAGCUUAAAAGGCUUAUUUUUUUUUCUUUUUACAUUUCUUGCAUUUUUUUUGUACUCUCUCUCUCUCUUUUUUUUUAUACAACUUUCAUGGAGUCUACAUAUAAAGAAAGGUUGAAAUAUUUUCGAUCAGUACUCAGUGUUGAAGAUGUCGAACAAGACAGUGGAGAGAAGUGGACUCCUGUUAUUGACAUGAAGUCGUUUCGAGAAGCAUGCUUCCAUGGCAUACCUGACGAAUCUGGUCUUCGCUCUACAGCUUGGAAAGUGUUGUUAGGCUAUUUGCCUCCCGAUAAAAGGAUGUGGGAAACAACACUCAAAGACUCAAGACUCAACUACUAUAACUGGGUCAAAGAUUUAUUAGAAGAGCCUGGAGAAGAACCACCAUCAAGUGAUCAUCCUUUAAGUGCUGAGCCGGGAUCGAAAUGGGCGACUUGGUUUCAAGAUAACACUAUUUUAGAGCAGAUAGAUAAAGAUGUUAGACGCACCUUACCGGACUUUGCAUUCUUCCAGUUACAUGUACCUGCGAAUCCUUUAAACCCUCUCUCGCCUCCUCCUCUUAAUGCAGCAGCAACAAUAGUCGAAGAAAAUUAUCACGAAUCGGAUCCUCUUUCUGCCGUAAUUGCGGAGGAAAUGCCGACCGAAAAAGAAUCAGUAGCAAGACGAUUUUCGUUUGGUUUGAUGGGUAGACCACGCUCUUCUUCAGCCGCUUCUAGAAAAUCAUUAAAAAUGAUGAACAAUACAAGUAAUUCCAAUAUUACUAGUCCUCCAAAUUCUCUUUUGCCUACAUCAGCAGCUCCAAAUGGACAUACAAUUGAUAAGAGGGCACGAUCUAACUCUAGAAGUUCAGUCAGAUCAUUUUCUUCUGGUAUGCUUGAUACAGGAUCAGACAUCAUUUCUACACCACGUAACAUUGUCAGAAAGCUAUCUACAGCAUUCACUUCAAAGAGUAACAGCAAUUUUGCAUCUAAAUUUAGUGGUGGUACACGCAAACCUCUUUUGGAACCCAUUUGUUCAUACAUUCCUACACGUCGUUCCUUGUUUCGACGUAUUGCUCAUUUGAAUGAAGAAAUUGGCAACAGAGAACAUCAGGAUAAUGGAACUGAGCACAAAACAGGCAAGAAAGCUACUGAUGCAGACACAUAUGUCAUGGACUAUCAUUGGGAAGCUAUUGAACGCAUUCUUUUCAUUUAUGCCAAAUUAAACCCUGGUGUAGGGUACGUUCAAGGCAUGAAUGAGAUCUUAGCACCUAUUUAUUAUGUAUUUGCAGCCAAGGCAGCCGAAGAUGACCCUGAAUCACAAGCCUAUGCUGAAGCAGAUGCCUUCUUUGUCUUUACUACGCUUGUUUCUGAUGUACGAGACCAUUUUGUGCGUUCUUUGGAUCAAGACGCAACCACAGGUAUUAACGCAACCAUGUGGCGUAUGAGUCAACGACUGGCAUGGUUUGACCGACCCUUGUUUCGUGAUCUGAGCAAAAAGGACGUUAAGGAGCAAUAUUAUGCAUUCCGUUGGAUUACCGUCCUUUGUUCUCAAGAGUGGGAUCUUCCUGAUGUAAUUCGUUUAUGGGAUUCUAUAUUGGCAGAUCGAGGAAUGCAGGAGGCAUCCGAAGAGGGACGCUUUGAAUUCUUAUUGGAUUUUGCGGUGGCUAUGCUUAUAUGCAUCCGUCAAGAACUCAUUCAAGGUGAUUUUGCAGAUAAUAUGCGUAUAUUACAAAACUAUCCCAUUGAUGAUAUGCAAGUAGUAAUGAAUUCAGCAUACUCUAUACGGGAAGCACGAUUGCAAGCAAUUGCAUCGGGCAGAAUUAUCCCUGGCGUCAAUGAUCGAAGAAGCAGUGGAUUGUUUAGUGUGGAUUAUAGUGAUGCAUCCUCUAUUUCAUCUACUGGCUCUGGCAGUCGGUUAAAAAAGCUUAGAGACACGACUGAUAUGGCUCGCGCCAGUCUUGACUCACUCCGAAGGGGCUCCAAGGAAUCCUUGGACGACUUGUUUAAGCGCGGACUAUCCAUCACACGUGGCACAAGUGAAGAAUUGGAUCGCAAGCGUGCCUCAACAGGAGAUAUGUCACGUAGUUUAUCUCAACGACUUGGUUUUGCCAACAGCUUGGCUGCUAAAAUGAAGCGUACUUCCUCUUUGCGUUCUGCUCACUCAGAGAGACAAAACAUUGAAGAACAGAUACAUCAAGAUUGGUUACUGGCUAAUCAAUUAAAUGCUGCAGAAAACUAUCAUACCCAGUAUCACUCUAGAAAUAACUCCAUUGCAUCAAACUCAUCUAACGCAAGCCUUCCACGGACUAGUUCUCUUAUCAAUCGUUUUUCACAAUUUGUGUCAAGUAAACCAGUUGCACCUUACAGAAACCAACCUUUACCACAAAAUCAACAAGAUAACACAAUGAAAAAAGUAAACUCUCCUUAUUCACCAGUUUCAUUACAAAGCAAGCAAGAUAGACAGCAACAACAGCUGACAAAUGGUCUAAAUACGCGCCAAACUGUUGUUGGUGCUUAUAAUAGAGACUAUCUUUAAUAUAUAUAUUUAAUAAUCAUUCAUGUAUUUUAACUGUAGUAUAGCUAUCUAUUCAAUAAAUUUGUUUAUAUGCAAUCUAUACA